GGGGAGCCCAGUGACGAACUCGGGGUUGUAUCUCGCUCACACCUCUGGUUCGGGAGCUCCAGCUUAUAUACAGUGAGCUCUCUCACUCUCUCUAACUCCCACCAUUGUUGUGCGUCGUGUGCAUGUAUUAGUGGGGGUGGGGUGGGGGCGCCAUUUAAAUUGCUGUUUGCUGCUUGCUGUUGCCUCUCAUUUGUCGUCGCCGUUGCGAUGAGAAUCCCAAAGGCACUCACACACACACACACAAAAACACACACAGAUACAGAUACUGGUGCAGGAAAACCAGUUCGCCUAGUUGUCGUUUCUAUAGGCGUUCUGUCGACGUCGUCGCCUUUGGCUCUUUGGCUCUCGGCCUUUGGCUCUGAUUUUAGUCACAUUUUGGUGACCGCGGCAAUUGGACGUCCUUCGUCUCGCGCCUCUCGCGGUUUAAACUGAACAAAAAAAAAACAAGAAAACACAAUGAUCCUUUGGUGCCAUAAGGGACAUCAUUAAAUCAACAUAAUAGUGUUUCCAUAAAGUGUAGUAAAGUGCCUCUUAAACAGGAAUUAGUGAAAUUGAAUUCGGUUUAAAUGAAUUAUUAGUUAAUUAAUAGAGAUACUCUGACUAGGCCAUGAUAUGAUGGCCUUAAAGAUGUUAUACCGCGGUCCCAGUUCGCGUUUGGAGAAUUUAAUUGAAAAGAUCCAGGCCACCAAGGAGAUAACCAAUAACGAUAUGUACAGUACUCACACAUCGUCCAGCUACUCACCCAGCAUUUCGGACGGCACCAUGACUCCCAACUCACACCACUUGCCCGGAGCACCGGCCAGUCUCCCUGGCCAGGAUCAGGAUCAUCCUAGCGAGGGAAGCACCAAUGGCGGAUUGGAUGGCGAGGUCGACUUGGUUAAGCCGAAGCGUCUGCCCCAUUUCCAUCAUCAUCACCACCACCACUACCACCACCAGCAGGCGCUAAAAAUCGCCAACAAGCUGCGGAAAAUCAAUAAGGAAGCGAAGAUGGGAGCCCUGGGAGGGGCUGGAGCCGGAGGAGCUGGCUCCAAGUUUGAUAAGUUGACGGGCGAGGGGAUUAAAAGUCGCGGCGACGGCUCCUAUCAGUGUCAGUUCUGCGAGAAGUCAUUUCCGCGUCUCGGCUACUUGAAGCAUCACGUGCAGAGCCACGCCGAACACCUGCCCUUCAAGUGCGAGUACUGCUCCAAGCUCUUCAAGCACAAGCGCUCCCGGGAUCGUCAUAAGAAAUUGCACACCAACGAGAGGAACUACAAGUGUCCCCAUUGCGAGGCGGCCUUCUCCAGGAGUGACCAUCUUAAGAUCCACAUGAAAACCCAUGACAUCCAGAAGCCCUUCCAGUGCAGCAUGUGCAACAGGGGCUACAACACUGCCGCUGCCCUGACCUCUCACAUGCAAAAGCACAAGAAGAACGCCGCCAUCCUUGCAGCUGGAGGCAACCCCAACGCCCUCAACUACAGUCCACGUUCCACGGGAUCGGCAUCUGCUUCGGUUUCCAGCAACGGGAGCCUGCACAAAAGGCGGUAUGCUCUGGCCCUGGCCACGGACAGCAGUCCCAGUCGCCUGGACUACCCCCAGAAGAGAUCGAGGAGUGGCACCACCACCACUGCCGCCGCCACAGCUAAUGCUACGCCCACGCCCCUGCUAAGGUGCAGCUACUGCCCCAAGGUGACGGAGUUCAGCAGCCUGGAGCAGUUGAAUGCGCACUUGCAGAGUGUCCACGAGCAGCAACAGCAGCCCCCGGUGAAGACUCCCAACCAGGAGGCGGAGGGCUUCCAGCUGAGCUGCGAAUACUGCACCAUGAAGUUCGGCAACAUAGCCGGCCUCUUCCAGCACAUGCGGAGCACCCACCUGGACAGGCUGAGCAGCCCCAACUCCUACUACGAGCACUUCAACCGCCUGGCCACCGCCGGCACCUUCAGCCCGCGCCUGGCCCUGGAUCUGCCCAAGAUUAAGCCGGACUUGGGAAGCCCCGAUCAGCGGGAGCUGCGGCCGGCGGAGGAGGACCUGCCCACGGACUUGAGCAGCAACAAACGGCGACCCCUGACCCCGAACCCGCAGCCACCACCAGCUCCGCCGGGCGUCUUCUUCUGCAAUCAGUGCAACGCCGGCUUGCCGGACUUCGAGAGCUUCAGGAAUCACCUGAAGAGCCACCUCGCCGAGGGCAUGCAGCAGGUCUGCCCGCACUGUGGGGUCAGCCUGCCGGAGCAGUCGGAGUUCGAGCGCCAUGUGGUGGGCCACUUCCUGAUCACCGGAUCCGAGUUCAACUGCAGCUCCAGCUGCGGCAAGAGCUUCGCCAAGUCGGAGGACCUCCAGCAGCACCUUCUCACCGAGCACGUCCUCACUCUCCUGAAGUGCUCCCUGUGCUCGGAGCUCUGCGAGAGCCGGAUGGCCAUGCAGCUCCACCUCGCCUGUGCCCACAGCCAGGAAACCAAGCUGCUGCGCUGCAGCGCCUGCCUGGAACUGUUCCGGUCGGAUGCCGAGUUCCAUGUGCACGUGAAGACGCGCCACCAGCUGGGCGGUCAUCCGGCCCUGGGCGGUGCCACUGCCAACACCCCCUCCAAUCCUCUACAGUGCAUGUUUUGCCGAGUGGUCUGCUCCUCGGAGCUCGAGAUGCACUUCCAUCUGGCGGCCCAUGCCCGGCAGUUCCGGUGCCCGUCGUGCCCCGAGACCUUCCACGUCGAGUUCCUCCUCGAUCGUCACAUGCAGAGUCAGCACGGCGGAGGUGCGGGUGUCAAGGACAAAGAGGCCAGUUCGCCCAACAUGGGCAGCCUCUACGUGAACGCCUUGCUGCCACCACUUGCGGCAGCGGCAGCGGCGGCAGCAGCCACCAACAACAACAGCAGCAUCAUCGACUACAACGUGGCGUUCAAGGGAUUGUUUGGCGGAGCAGCCGGAGGCGGGGGAGGAGGGUCAGGAGCACCCACGGCCCCCUCGUCGAAGUUCUACAGCCCGUUGCAGGUGGACACCAAUGCCCUGAAGGCACAGACCUCGUCCCAUCCCGCCCUGAUGUACGGGCUGAGUCAGAGAUACUUGAUGGAGAUGUACGCCGCCAAGUCGGCCUCUCCGCCGGGAAGCGAGGGAGGAGCAAGUGGCCAGGCAGUCGGCAGUCAGGCAGCCGCUGCAGCAGCACCACCACCCCCUCCUCCGGCACCCCAGCAGGCGCCACCCACCACUUUCAGUUGUGGGAUGUGCGAGCGCCAGGAUCUGAGGAGCGAGGCGGAACUCCACUCGCACCGAAAACUGGCCCACAACCUGAAGACCGGAGUGAGCCUUAGGUGCGCCUACUGCGCCGGAAACUUCAAGUCGCGAGCCGAGUUGGAGCAGCACAUGAAGAGCUGCCACAACUCCACGGGCAAGCAUAAGUGCUUGAUCUGCGACGAGGUGUUCCCCUCGCCGGCCAUCCUGGCGGAGCACAAGCUGCAGCACUCCAAGGUGGGGCAGUCGGGCAAGUGCUCGCACUGCGGCCAGCCCCUGGAGGACGUGGCGGCCUUCCGGGCCCACCUCUCCGAGCACGGCAGCGACGGGGCCUCCCUGCCCCUGGCCUGCAUCUGCUGCCGCCAGACCCUGCACUCCGAGUUCGAGCUGAGUCUGCACGCCAAGUUCCACACCAAGUCCGCGUCCAGUGGUGGUAGCCUCCAGGAGCCAGUCUGCGCCCUAUGCCUGGAGCCCCUGCCGGACGCCACCGAGGGUCCUGCCAAGCUUUGCGAGAAGUGCUGCCGGAAGCACAACCUCAACGGGAAGAGGAGCAAGCCACCGAGUGAGCCGCCAGUCCAGAGUCUGCAGCCCAUCCAGCCCCCAUCCGGGGCAGCCUUCGUGGAGAACCGAUGCAACCUGUGCAAGAUGAUCCUGCCGCACGCCCAGAAGCUGCAAGAGCACCUGGUGGAGCACACCUUUGCCGGCACCGAGCAGCGCGGCUACAAUUGCUACAUCUGCUCCGCGGUCUUCACGGCCGCCGGUGGCCUCCUCAACCACAUGGCGGAGCACGGUGCCCAUACGCGUCCCUACGACUGCAACCUCUGCCCGGAGAAGUUCUACUUCCGGGCGGAGCUGGAGCACCACCAGCGUGGCCACGAGCUGCGGCCCCAGGCACGACCCAAGAUGGAAGUGCCCUCGAACCGGACCAGUUCCUCGCCCAUCGACAGUCCCGUGAGGAGUCCCACGAUCGUCAAGCAGGAGCUGUACGAGACGGAUACAGCCCAGUCGGCCGGAGGGGAUGAGGACGAGCCGGAGAACGCGCACGAGGACGAGGAGUACAUCGAGGUGGAGCAAAUGCCGCACGAGGGGCGUCCCAGUGACUUGGAAAGGGCCACCAGUAGCGCCUAAUCUCCUCAAGAUUCUGAGAGAAAAGCAUAGUAUUUAAAAGACUGUUUCCGAAAUGCUUUUAUAAACUGUCUAAUUUUUAUAAAGAUAUUAUUAUUUUAGAAAUCUUGCCACUCUUAUAAACCCAUAAACCCAUAAAGCAAAUGGAGCAGUUUAGUAUUAACCAGACAUAUUAUAAAAUAAAUUAAAAAUAAAUUUUAAUCAAUAUUACACAUACGCCUAGUGUACUCGUAGAAGUUCUUGACAAAAAAAAAAAAAAGUAAAAGAUUUGUGUGUGAUAGUUUUUCAAAGAUUUCACUCCACUAUUUAUCCUCAAUUAUGGUUUAAAAAUAUAUAUGUUAUAGGGCCUUGCCUUCGAUCCAGUAUUUAUGAUCCAACAAUAAUAUAUGUAAUCAACUAUGUAACUAUUACACAAUUACGCAUAUGGAUGUACGUCUUAUAUAAGCACCAACAAACAUUUUUAAUGUGUAGCAUAAAAACAAAAAAGAACGAACAAAUAUUUAGUAAAUAAAACAAGCAGAAGUUGAA